AACGAUUAAGUAGUUAUAUACAGGACUUGCUUGAUUAAUUAUUCUUCUAGUUUACGCAUACAGUUUGACGGCGUGAGAAAUUAUAUGGAUUAUCGUGUUGAUUAAUAUAUAAUAUUAUAUAAAUGAAAAGGUUUAGACAACGGUAACUAUUAAUUCUGUUCUUAUCGAAUGGAAAAAGGUAGUCAAAGUGAUCGAAACGAAGUUCUUUCUUUGUUAAAACUAUGCUCUUCGAAGGAUAGCACUUGUCUCUAAUUUUUGUUAUACAUGAUCCGUCAUUGAGGAAUAUUAUCCAAGAUGGUCGAUAGAAAACUCUUAAGUCUUAUAAAACUUACCGUGACGUAGUAUCAAAUUUCUGGUUUCCGCUAGGGAAACCACCACGAUCACCAACCAAAGGCGUUGUAAGUACACUGAAAUCGAAAAGAGAUUAUUAAUAAUAAGAUUUCAUUCUGCUUACACAACGACAUCAGGCCGAUAUAACUUAUAACUAAAGAAUCUAUUUAUUGGCAUAACGUAGAAAAAUUCCAAUCAGCAAUGAUAAAACUCUACAAAUGAUUCACGCGUUCACUUUUUAAUAAACACAAUCAUUUUCCUGUUCGAACAAAAACUAAUAUUUUCAAUAACACGAUAUAGAAAUUUAUAAAUUCAAGCUAGAAAAUAUACGAUACGUUUCUAUCGAAGAACUAUAGUAUUCUAGUAUAAGAAAAACGUAAAAAGUUAUUAUGUCAUGUCAAAAGAAGAAGACGAAGUGCAAAGUACAUAUUAGAUAUCGUUUGAAAGGAUCUAAACGUAUACUGGACGAGGAUGUAUUCGUGUCGAUCGUGAUAUCAUAAAACUACAUAAAAAUAAUAAAAAGAGAAGAUUUAAAGAAAGUAAAACAAAACAAAAAGAAAACAAAAACAAAAAAAGGCACAACAAAACCUCAAAUUGAAAUAUAAGAGAGAAAAAGAAAAGAAAAAAUAGAAUAAAGAAAGAGGAAAGAAAAAGAAGACAUGUACGGCGAAAACGAUCAAAGGAUCAUCGAAAAUACGAUUAGAUCAGCUGUUGUUGGCAUGAAUCGAGUCGCGUGCGAAAGUGAAGUGGAGGAGUGUCGCGUAGGUCGCUCUCGUAAGGUGUUUUUGAGGGAGUCGAGUGAAAUAGAGAAUGACGGAUAGCCAGCAGCAGUUUUGCUUGCGGUGGAACAACUUUCAGGCGAACAUCACGAGCCAGUUCGAGGCGUUGCGAGACGAUGAGGACUUCGUCGACGUUACAUUCGCCUGCGAUGGCAGGCGACUUCAGGCUCACAAGGUCGUCCUAUCCGCUUGCAGCCCUUACUUCAAGGAGUUGUUCAAGACCAAUCCCUGCAAACAUCCAAUAAUUUUUAUGCGGGAUGUGGAAUUUGAACAUCUACAAUCACUGCUGGAGUUCAUGUAUGCUGGUGAAGUAAACAUUUCACAAGCUGAAUUGCCUACUUUUCUGCGUACAGCCGAAUCUCUACAAAUCCGUGGUCUCACCGACUCUCAAAGUAGUCAGCACAACAACGAAAAGCACUUGAAGACGAAUAAUGUUCACGCAUCAAAUGGCCGUGGUCUGAUCUCACCGAGUUUGGACGAUGAGCGCAGUAAAACUCCACCACCAUCGAGCCCUCCACCAUUAAAAAGGCUGUGUAAAAGAAGUGAUUCACCUCAAAUCUCUAGUCCAAUACCUACUGUGACGCCUUGUGCUAGCAGUACACCUCUCUCACGACCGCUUAUAGAACCGCAAGUUCAGCUUGACUGUUAUAAGGAUAUUGAUAUUGUGGAGCCAAAAGUAGAACUACCUGAAUAUGGCAGCGAUGAUGAUUGCUCAUCGAAACAAGAAGUUAACACGUUACCUGGUGGUUUCCUCAGUUUGGAUGGUGGUAUGGAAGUGUUACCGACAUAUCCACCAUCUUAUCAAGGAACCAGUAUGGAAGGUGGCAUGCCUGGACCUUCACAUGGGAACAAUGAGCUGAAUCAAGAGCAGCAAGCUGACCUGCGUAAACUGCACUCGCUGGACCCACGCCCCUGUCCUGUGUGCAACCGCAUGUACAGUAACUUGUCCAACCUGCGGCAGCACAUGCGCCUCAUCCACAACCCUCAGAGUGUCACAUGCCCUCUAUGUAACAAGCCCUUCAAGACCAAGCUGUACCUCAAACGUCACCUGGUCAGUUUCCACGAACUCAGUGUGGCGGACAGGCAACGCCAGGAGGAAAUCUACCAUCAUCAGGUUAAAGUUCAGGUUCAAGGACAGGGUCAAGCACAGGUUCAGGGUGGAGCUCAGGCUCAAACACAGACACAAGUUCAGGCUCAAACACAGGCUCAAAUUCAGGCUCAAACGCAAGCUCAGGUGGAUAACAAAGUGCUCUUGACCGCUUCUGCUCCGCUCUCUCGUCUUCCCGCAGAAGAUAGCGGGGGGAGCGGAAGUGGAAAUAUUGUAGAACCAAAGCUGAGAGCAUACCAGGCACAGGCUGGUGAUAAUUCUUAUUCCGUAGAGGUUGCUCAAAUUGGUGAUACGAAGCAUUUUGCAAGCGGAAUAUUGCAAUUCGAUGCUUCGUAUCACUAAUGUAUAGGUUUUUAUUUAUUUUUAUUGUAUUUCCCAGUAUCAUUUUGUGAUAUAGCGUGCGAUGAGUCAAGUUUAAAUUUAUUAUUUAGUGAACUUGUGAUUCAAUAGGAAACGUAUCUUUACAGUUGAUCGACAAGUAUAGAUAGAAAUAACGUUACGAUACAAGGCUGAUUCUGUAUUUAGGUGAUCGGAAACUGUGCAGGAUGAGGCACGGGUGUAACACAUAAUUCGAAAUUAUUUAAAAACGUACGGAAUUGCAAUACAAAUCGAAAGUGCGUUGUCGUCGAAUGCAACGGAUCUGCAUACACUUUUAUUUUCUGUGCGUACAGAAAAAGUUUAUAUAGGUCGUAUCUAACUCGACUAUCAUCGAUACGAAUAUUAAACCGUGUACAUAGGUUUGGGAGACUAGUUUACAUAUAAUGUCCCGUGCCUAUUCAUCAUAAAGAUGAUGAACGUUAAUAAGGGGGAAAUGACUAAAAAAUAUGCCGUAGGUGGAGCAGCCAUCCCACCUCGUACUGAUAAUUCUGCAGCCGGAUACUUGUUGUUUUAUUUAAUGCUAUACAGUGUUAUACAGACUACAGAUAUUUACAACAAUAUUAUAUUCUUACAGAGAAUUAUAUUUACUUUAUUAUUGCAGCGCAAUGUGCAAUGACAUAGCUCGUACAUGAUAUAUUUUUCACAUGCAUACAUUGCAAUAUACAGCCAAUCGACAGCUCAACAGAGUAAUAAUAUUUAUUAUUAACAGUUAUCAACAAACCGUGAUCGCAACUAUGCAGCAGAUUGAACAAUAUAUAAUAAGGGGGCAUUGUGUUUGUGCUGGUUUUUUUCUCGUAUGUAGUUUGGAGAGGAUCAUUAUUUUCUUUACACACCAUAUAUAUAUGUAGAUAUAUA